AUGGUCGGAGCUGCAGCCGGUGGUUUCGUAACUCGAGCAUUCGAGUCAAUGCUCAAAGAGUGCUCCGGCAAGAAGCAUUCUGAUCUACAGAAGGCUAUUAGGACUUACAUAGAUAUCACGAAAGAAGCUAACCAAGGACAGCAGGCCAUUCCAAGUGAGGUCAAUCAAGCAUCACCCUCAGCGGACUCUGGGAGUACACUCAAAACUGAAGGUGGGGCUGCAACCACAACAGAAGGAAGUCAAUCACAGAAGGUUGAGCAUGUUUCUGAAGAGGCAGAGCAGGGUAACAGGCCCAAGAUUAGAAAUGUUAGUACAGUAUUAGCUAAUGCUGGUCAAAGUCUUGGAGAAGCUGACGCAGAGCUCGUUCUAAGUCCCCUUCGACUUGCAUUUGAGACGAAGAACUUGAAAAUCUUAGAACCUGCUUUAGACUGUCUUCAUAAACUUAUUGCUUAUGAUCAUUUGGAGGGGGAUCCUGGACUAGAUGACACCAAAAAUGCCAUGCUGUUCACAAAUAUUCUAAACAAGGUUUGCAGUUGCAUUGACAAUUCAUCUCCAGACAGUACUAUCCUCCAAGUGCUGAAGGUACUUCUUACUGCUGUGGCUUCCACAAAAUUCAGAGUGCAUGGUGAACCUUUGCUGGGAAUUGUCAGGGUAUGCUACAAUAUUGCACUGAACAGCAAGAGUCCUAUAAACCAAGGAACAUCAAAGGCAAUGUUGACACAGAUGAUCAGUAUUAUUUUCAAGAGAAUGGAAAUUGAUCUGGAUGAAACCUCAUUUGAUUCUGGGGGACAUACAGAGGCAGCUUCAGAAGCAGAGGAUUUAGGCACAAAAUCUAAAGAAACCUCCACAGAUCAUUUAGACGAGAAACCAAUUACUUCAGGAGAUGCUCUCAACCAAGUCAAGGAUGCAUCCGCAAAAACUCUUGAGGAACUUCAAAAACUAGCUGGUGGUGCUGAUAUCAAGGGCUUAGAGGCUGUGCUUGACAAGGCUGUGCAUACUGAAUAUGGCAAACAGAUAACACGAGGGAUUGAUUUGGAAAGCAUGAGAAUAGUGCAGCGUGAUGCUUUGUUGGUAUUCCGCACUAUUUGCAAGAUGGGAAUGAAGGAAGGUAAUGAUGAGGUGACAACCAGGACGCGGAUAUUAUCUCUUGAACUUCUGCAGGAUUUAUUGGUGGGGCUUAGCCAUUCAUUCACAAAGAACUUCAAUUUUAUUGAUUCAGUGAAGGCAUAUCUCUCAUAUGCUUUAUUGCGAGCUUCCGUUUCACAAUCCCCUGUCAUAUUUCAGUGCGCAACUGGAAUAUUCUCAGUUUUGCUAUGGCGGUUCAGAGAAAGUCUCAAAGGUGAAAUAGGCAUUUUGUUUCCCCUGAUAGUUCUAAGACCGUUGGACGGUUUAGAAUUUCCAGUCAACCAAAAAAUAAGUGUUCUUGGGAUGGUAGAUAAAAUAUGCAGGGAUCCGCAGAUGCUUGCUGACAUUUUUGUGAACUAUGACUGUGAUCUUGAGGCUGCAAACUUGUUUGAACGAAUGGUUAGUGCGCUAUCCAAAAUAGCUCAAAAGACUCAAAAUGCUGAGCCAAAUUCAGUUGCUUUGUCUGGUUCAAUUAAAGGUUCAUCACUUCAAAGUGUUGUGAAUGUGCUGAAGUCACUGAUUGACUGGGAGAAGUCACAUAGGGAAUCAGAAAAGUUCAGAAAGACUAACCACUACGAAGGGGCAUUUGCUGAAGAUUCGGUUGAAAUAACAUCCAACGAAGAUUCUGCUAGUGAUUUUGAGAGGGCAAAGGCUCAUAAAACCACGUUGGAGGCUGCCAUUGCAGAGUUUAACAGGAAACCAAUAACAGGAGUUGAGCGUUUAAUAUCAAAUAAGUUGGUGGUAAAUUCGCCUGCUUCAGUAGCUCAAUUCUUGAAAAACAGUCCCAAUGUGAACAAGUCUGCAAUUGGCAAGUAUUUAGGUCAGCAUGAAGAGUUUCCCCUAGCUGUAAUGCAUGCGUAUGUAGAUUCCAUGAAAUUUUCUGGAAUGAAGUUUGACAUUGCAAUCCGUGAGUUUCUUAGAGGGUUCCGACUUCCGGGGGAAGCCCAAAAGAUUGAUCGAAUAAUGGAAAAGUUUGCAGAGAGAUACUGUGCAGAUAAUCCAGGUCUAUUUAAAAAUGCAGAUGCAGCAUAUGUUCUUGCAUAUGCUGUUAUUGUACUAAAUAUUGAUGCUCAUGACCCAACGGUGUGGCCUAAAAUGUCCAAGUCAGAUUUUAAACGCAUGAAUGCCAUGAAUGAUGCUGAAGAAUGUGCUCCUACAGAAAUACUGGAAGAGAUUUAUGAUUCUAUUGUCAAAGAAGAGAUUAAACUGGAAGAUGACAACUCUGUUAAUGGAGAAAGCAGCGGACAAAAGCCAGAAGUUGAAGAAGGACGCCUUGUCAAUAUUCUUAAUCUGGCUCUUCCCAAAAGAAAUUCAUUAGGAGAUGCCAAGUCUGAGAGUGAAGCCAUCAUAAAAAGAACACGAGCUAUUAUCAGAAAUCAAGGUGCGAAAAGGGGAGUUUUCUACUCUGCUCACCAGUUCGAACUCAUAAGGCCCAUGGUAGAAGCUGUUGGAUGGCCUCUGCUUGCAACUUUUUCCGUUAUUAUGGAGGAAGGUGAUAGUAAGCCUCGCAUUGUUCUAUGUAUGGAGGGUUUUAGAGCUGGGAUACACAUUACAUAUGUGCUUGGAAUGGAUACCAUGCGCUGUGCAUUUUUGACAUCUCUCGUAUUGUUUACUUUCUUGCAUGCUCCAAAGGGAAUGCGCAGUAAGAAUGUGGAAGCUCUGCAGACGCUGUUGUUUCUUUGUGAUUCAGACAUGGAUGCCCUUCGAGACUCAUGGAUUGCAGUUCUGGAAUGUAUUUCUCGCCUUGAAUUUAUAACAACGACUCCUGAAAUUUCCAACACCGUCAUGUUGGGGUCAAACCAAAUCUCCAGGGAGGCAGUACUUCAAUCUCUGAAAGAAUUGGCUGGCAAACCUUCUGAGCAAGUCUUCAUAAAUAGUGUUAAAUUACCUAGUGAUUCAGUUGUGGAAUUUUUCACUGCUCUCUGUUGUGUAUCUGCGGAAGAACUAAAGCAAACACCACCUCGUGUUUUUAGCUUGCAAAAGCUUGUUGAGAUCAGCUAUUACAACAUGGCUCGUAUACGUCUGGUAUGGGCUAGGAUAUGGUCUGUUCUGGCAAAUCAUUUUAUAUCGGUUGGGAGUUACCAUGAUGAGAAAAUUGCUGUGUAUGUCAUAGAUUCUCUAAGGCAGCUUGCGAUGAAGUAUUUGGAGCAUUCUGAACUGGCCAAUUUCACUUUCCAAAAUGACAUUCUCAAGCCAUUUGUUGUUCUAAUGCGGAAUAGUCCAAAGGAAUCAAUAAGAAGAUUAAUCCUUGACUGCAUUGUUCAGAUGACAAAAUCUAAGGUUGGAAGCAUAAAAUCUGGGUGGCAUAGUGUAUUCAUGGUUUUCACAGCUGUGGCGGAUGAUGAAUUGGAAACAAUCGUUGAGAGUGCAUUUGAAAAUGUUGAGCAGGUCAUCUUAGAACACUUUAAUCAAGCAGUGGGAGAUUGUUUCAUGGAUUGCGUGAAUUGUCUGAUCAGGUUUGCCAACAAUAAAAGUUUGUAUCGUAUAAGUUUGAAGGCAAUCGGACUGCUUCGUAUUUGCGAAGACCGUUUGGCAGAGGGUCUUAUUACUGGAGGUGAUCUAAAGGCCAUUGAUGCUGAUGUGGGGGUUGCAAAGUUGGAGGAGGCUGAACAAUAUUGGUUCCCGAUGCUGGCUGGCUUAUCUGAUCUAACAUCAGCUAAGAGACCUGAGGUCAGAAGUUGUGCAAUUGAGGUCUUAUUUGAUUUACUGAAUGAAAGAGGUAGAAGAUUCUCUGAGUCCUUUUGGGAGAGUAUCUUCCAUCGAGUUCUGUUUCCUAUUUUUGAUCUCGUGAGACACGCUGGAACGGAAGGCUUUGCUUCUACCGAUGAUGCUUGGUUUCGUAAAACAAACAUCCAUUCGCUUCAGCUGCUUUGCAACCUCUUCAACACUUUCUACAAGGAGGUCUCUUUUAUGUUGCCGUCACUGCUGGGUUUGCUGUUAGAUUGUGCCAAAAAGACAGAUCAAACAGUGGUCUCGAUAUCUUUGGGAGCUUUGGUGCAUCUCAUUGAAGUUGGGGGCCAUCAGUUCAGUGACACUGACUGGGACCAGUUACUUAAAAGCAUAAGUGAUGCUUCACACGCAACGCAACCAGCAGAGCUGCUCAAUGAUUUAAAUCAUGAGAAUCUGAGGAACCACGGCGGCAUCGUUAGAAAUUCCGACACCAUUGCAGGUGAUAAUAAUGACCAUGAGGCGCAGCAUCAGCUUGGUGCUAGUGACAGUGGAAAGUUAUCCCCACUGGCACGCUCAAAUACUUUUCCUGGAGUUGAAGGUCUAGGGGCGCAAAUGAAUGUCGAUACUUCUGAAGGCCUUCCACCGCCAUCUCCAUCUGGUAAAACUCCCAAACCAGCUGAUGCCGGUGGUCUCCAGCGAAGUCAAACAUUGGGUCAGCGGAUUGUGGAAAAUAUGAUGGAUAAUCUGUUCCUCAGAAAUUUUUCUUCCAAACCUAAAAUCCCCACGUCAGAUGCUUCUCAGCCAUCUUCUCCAAAUAAGGUCGCUGAUGCUGCAGAAUCUGAAGACAAGAUUCUGGAGACUCCUUGGCUAGUAGCUCUUAGGAGCAAGUGCGUUACUCAGCUAUUGCUUCUUGGUGCAAUCGAUGGUAUUCAGAAGAAAUAUUGGGACAGAUUAAAGGCACAACACAAGAUUGCUAUAAUGGAUAUUCUGCUGUCUUCGUUAGAUUUUGCUGCAUCAUAUAACUCACCCACUAACCUUAGGACUCGCAUGCACCAAGUUCUGGGUGAAAGGCCGCCAGUGAAUCUUCUCCGCCAGGAGUCAGCAGCUAUGAGCAUAUAUUUGGACAUCUUACAGAAAUCAACUUAUGAGUUUCAAAAUUCUGAUCCUAUAUCAGAUAAUGAUUUAACCGUUUCUCCACAUUCGGACCGAGAGACUGAAUUUGGAAAAAUAGCUGAGGGAAAAAUGGUAGCUUUCUUAGAACAGGUACUCGGGGAUGCAACAAAUCUCCAGUCUAGUGCUGGAGAAGCCACAAACAUGGAUAUUCACCGUGUCUUGGAGCUGCGUGCCCCCCUCAUUGUUAUGGUGCUUAGAAGCAUGUGUUCUAUGAACAAGAAUAUCUUCAGAAGUCACAUCAGAGAAUUCUAUCCCUUGCUAACAAAACUCGUAUGCUGUGACCAGAUGGACGUUCGGGGAGCUCUGGGUGAGGUGUUCCAAGAACAGUUGACGGCACUUUUACCCUUCUAGCCCGCCCAUGUACGUAUAAUCUCUGGAUACUGGAGGUGCCAUUCUUCCAUCGCCAUUUUCAGUCACCUGAAAUAAUAAUAGGAAUAGGAAUCAUUUAU